AUGUCUACAAUAUUGGGAACUUUUCACGAUUCACCAGUCACAAGGCUCUUCAACUGGAUAGGUCCUGGUGACGGCAGUACCUACCCGAAUCAUGAAGUGCCAUCCCCUCCAAGCAUCUAUAGUGAGCAGGGAGGUGAAGAGCGGCAUUCUCUCCAAGAUCUGGGAGAGUCCCAUGUAUCCAGAACCGGGCCGGAUUCACAAGGAUCUGCAAUACAUUCUCCAGCUUUUAACUGGGGCCACGAUCAGGAUCCCGAGCACCCCAGGAAUUGGACAGCGAAGAAAAAGUGCUUUAUCGUCUUCGUCAUCUGUCUGUAUACCUUCGUCGUCUACUGCGCAUCAGCAAUCUGUGUUCCCAGCAUUCCCUACCUGGUCGUCAAAUACGAUGUCUCCGAGAUCACCGCCUCACUCGUGCUGGCCACUUACGUCCUUGGCUAUGGCAUCGGACCAAUGUUCUUCUCGCCAUUGAGUGAGAUCGCCCUUGUUGACCGCGGUGCGCCUUACAUCAUCACAUUCAUCCUCUUCCUUAUCAUUUCGAUCUGUACAUCAGUCGUCGAUGACUUCGCGGCCUCAUACCCGGCAUUGGCUACUGGGGCUGCAACUCUCGAGGACAUCUACGACGUCUCCCAGAUCCCUUAUGCCUUCAUCUUCUGGGUUGCCGCAAUGUAUGGAGGUCCAGCUCUAGGACCCGCAAUCUCAGGAUACGCUGUUGCAAGCAACUGGCGAUGGCCGAUGUAUGCAAUCACAAUCAUGGCAGGUAUUGUGCUGCCAUUGCUAGCACUGUUACUCGAGACAUCAGAACAGAAUAUCUUGCUUCGUCGAGCAGCUCGUCUGCGGCGAUCGCAGGAUGACCACAGAUACAGAGCAGCCAGUGAGGUUGGACAACAGGUGGGCUUGAAAGCAUUGUUCGCCAACUCGAUGAUCAAGCCCCUGGAAAUCACGGUCAAGGAUCCAGCCAUUACAUUCACGGCAGUCUACUCGGCCAUCGUCUACAGCAUCUACUACAGCUUUUUUGAAGCCUUCCCGAUUGUGUACGAAGGACUCUACCAAUUUUCUGUUGGAGCAGCAGGGCUGGUCUUUCUGGUCAUCAUAAUCGCACUGGUCAUCAUCAUUCCCGUGUACACGUGUUACCUCAGGUACGUAUUUGCGCCCAAGGACAAAGCCGGACGGACGACCUUCGAGGACCGACUCUAUCUGGCUCUUUAUGCGACCUGGUUACCUCCGGCAGGACUGUUUUUGUUUGCCUGGACGGCUCGACAAUCGGUGCACUGGAUCUGGUCCACUGUUGGGAUCGGCAUCUACGCCGGUUCCAGCUUCGUCGUCUUCCAGUGUCUGAUCUGCUACAUUCCCUUGUCUUACCCUCGAUAUGUCGCCAGUUUACUCGCAGCCAACGACUUUUGCCGAAGCACAGUGGCAGCUGCUUUGGUCAUGACAUCGAGACAAAUGUACCUCAAGAUGGGCAUUGCGCACGCCGUCAGCUUACUCGGUGGAUUGAGUUUCACUGGUGUCAUCGGCAUGUUCAUUCUGUACCAUUACGGUCAUGCGAUGAGGGCUCGCAGUAAAUUUGCUGAAAGCUAG